AUGAGUAUGUCUUUGAAUAUACCGCCUUAUUUUGAUGGUAGUAACUUUGCCUAUUGGAAAGUGAGAAUGAGGGCAUUCUUGAAAGCUAUGGAUGAUAGGGUUUGGUUGAGUGUGGUGAAUGGUUGGAUUGCCCCUAGUACCACAGUGAAGAAUGUAGUAAAACCCACCCCCAUAGAAAACUGGACUAAAAUUGAACUUGAUAACUGUAAUUGGAAUAGUAAAGCCUUACAUGCCCUUUUCAUGGCUAUAUCCCCAGAAGAAUUUAGGCGAGUGUCCAUGUGUGAGGUAGCUAAAGAUGUUUGGGAUAUUUUAGAAACCACACAUGAGGGAACUCAGGCAGUUAAGAACUCAAAAUUACAAAUGCUAGCCACUAGGUUUGAAGAGAUUAGGAUGAGAGAUGAUGAAAAGUUUGAUGUCUUCUAUGCAAACCUUAAUGAUAUAAUAAAUUCAUCCUUCAACCUAGGUGAAAAGAUCCCCGAGCCUAAGAUAGUAAGAAAGAUUCUUAGAUCCUUACCUGAACAUUUUAGGCCUAAAGUCACGGCUAUAGAAGAAAGUAAGGAUAUAGACACUAUCAAGGUAGAGGAACUUGUAGGAUCCCUUCAGGCAUAUGAGCUUACCUUAGGUACUCCAGUUAAAGAAAAAUCCAUUGCCUUAAGAUCCACUAGGAGUAACCGACCUGAAUCAUCUGAUUCUGACUCACCCAAUGAUGAGGAGAUGACCUAUCUAGCUAGAAAAUUCCGAAAGAUGUUUAGGAAGAAGAAGCUAGAAGAGAAACCGAGAGGUGGCCCGAGUGAAUCUAGGAGAAAGUCUAAAUCUGUGAGAUGCCAUAAAUGUGGAGGUUUCGGUCAUAUUAGGAGUGAGUGCCCUAGUGCUAAGAGUGUCGGGGAGAAGACAUUGCAUACUACCCUCACUGAUGACGAGUCUAGCUCAGACAAUCAGAGUGAGAAAUCCACGUGUGAGGAGAAUGGAAGAUAUGUUGCCUUCAUGACUAGUGCUAAGAAUGGAUCCGAUCAAGAGGGUGAGAGAGAUGAUGUCAUAGAUAGUGGUGAGGAUUCUGAAGAUGAGUCAGUGAGUGAUAAGGAUAUUCAAGAGGCCUAUGAUAAGAUGUACCGAGAGAGCCUUAAGAUUCUUAGUAAGAAUAAAACCUUAAAUGCUACCAUUCAUAAUCUGCAGUCUGAAAAAGCUAAGGUAGAGUCGUAUGUGAGUGAGUCUUCCACAGUCCUGAGUGAGCUUAAGUCUAAGAAUGAAACCUUAGAGUCUCAGGUUAAGAACCUCACUAGUGAGCUUGAGAGGUCCUCUAGGAAAACCAGUGAGUUGAAUGCCAUGAAUGAGACUUUGCAAAUUCAGGUAGUGAACCUUAUGAGCGAUUUAGAACAAUCAAAGUCUCAACUUCUUGCCUUUUCUAGUAGUUCAUCAAAGCUAGAUAAUAUGCUAGGAAUAGGUAAGCCGGCUGGAAAUAAGGGAGGUCUAGGAUACAAGGGUAAGAGAAUUGAUACUGUUAGUACAUCUAAGACCACAUUUGUCCCUGCUUCUGACCAGCCCAAAUAUGCGUCCAACUCCAUACCUAAUGUUGAGGGAUUUUUAGGACAAAGGUCUACCAGACAGCAUAGGACACGUCGAUCGAGGAAUAGACGUCAGCAGUCUCAUAAUACAAGUCCGAGGUUUGUCCCUACUUGUUUUCAUUGUGGUAAGUUAGGACACAUCCGCCCUAGAUGUCAUCAGUACCUGAAUAAUAAUAGGAAGAUACGCAUAACUGGAAAUAAAAGUCAGGUGUCUAUUGGUCAGAUUGGAUUCCUUACUGAACAAGUGAAUCAUUUGACCAAGUUGGUGACACACCUGUUUGGGAACCGUUCUCCCACUAAGUAG